AUGGGAGGUUCGGACAGUAAACUAAAUUUCAGGAAAGCCGUCGUUCAGCUGACAACAAAAAAGACGGUGAGCAAAGUGAUGAAGAUGUAUUCUCAGCUGUCUUUUUCGAGAUCUUUGGCGGAGGGUUUUGUGGGACUGAACCGGUUGUUAGUCAAUGUUCACCUGAUAAACUCACCAAAGUCAAUUUUGUCGAUCGUUUCAGGCUGUCGAAGCGACAGAUGACACCUUUUGGGAUCAGUUUUGGUCUGAGUCGUCGGCGACUAUCAGUGACGUUUUUACUUUGAUUCCUGCCUCGGAAAUCAGAGCUUUACGAGACGAGAAUCCCUCAAAUUUGGCGACGCUUUGCUACAAGGUGAGUGUAUGUCUUGACACUCAUCAAACUCUUCGUGUUAUGAGUGAAUUUCAAGUUGUCCAAGAAAUCGAUAUGGCCAGUUUUCGUCUUGAUUUCCUUGCUUUCUAAUUAUUUUGAUGGCCUUUGUCUUAAUUUACAAUACAACAGUAAGCGAAGCCAUGAGUUUUGUUGGAGCAUGACAGACUAGUUUGCAAUUACCAAUGUUUUAUAAUUUCAUUAACAACAAACACGAAUAUUUUUGUUCUCUAUAGUUUAGACAUGAUCGCGAAGAGGUCUGUGUUUUCAGUCGACUAAAAUUCAACCAUGUUUAAUUUCUUACCAAGCAAGGAAGAUUCUUCAUAAAUCGAGUAAAUUAUCGAAAGGCCCUAGAAGUGUUUACAAGAUAUCGAAGGUGACCUUGAGUGUCUAAAUCUUCAUCUAUGAUCUUCUGACGUUCAUGCUCGCAAUUUUUGGUUUCAAAAUAAACGUUCGAAGCACUUGUCACUAGUGCUAUUACUUUAAGCGAUAAAUUUCUUUCUUCUCGCCUAUCGCAGAGGGGAGCAGAUAUAUUUUUUAAGUGAUCUUUUGAAGUAUAUCUAUGAAUUAUUUACGCCAACGAUUUCGUCUGUUUUAUAAAAUCUUAUUAUCUUUAUUUUCCAUUUGAUUGUAUACAAUCAAAUGCCAAAAGACCCAGGGUACCCAUAGAAUCAUUUCUCUCACAUUCCAGUAUUUUGCUGCUGUAAAAAAUGAAAAACAAAAUGAUCAGGCAGCAUUCAUGGUGUAACUUUGUGAGAUAAAUUAAAUUUUUUCCAACUAUGUCAAAAAAUUGAAUAAAUUUAGUUAUCACUUAUUUUGCGGCAAAACUUAUGCAUAAAUUGCGCCUAGAGUCCUUUAUGGUUAACCAAACCUCAGGCAUAACUUAUCAUGUCUUUUAAGGACAAAAUCUGUCCUUAGUAAUCCUCAUGCUAUUUUCAGGAAGUAUUGACAAAUAUUGUUUACAUAUUGAUGUCAUUUUUAAUUUGUAUAAACAAUUUCAAAUUACUGUGGCCUAGACUUCCCAAUGGUGCUAAUAAACAGAUGUUGCAUGUACAUGUAGGAAAAAAGGCAUAUUUUUAAUUUAACAUACAAACAACAAGUCUUAAAAGGAUUUGUCAUGGUGAUAAUUUGCUAAUCAACUAGAGAUAUAUGUCUGUGCUCCAAUUUGAAGCAAUAUAUUCAUUAUGCAGUUAGCUGAGUGAAAAAUGUUAUUAUUGGUUUUUGCAUUGGUUGCAAGACAACUUUUUUUUAAUGUUACCCUGCACUUGUUUAUUUCUAUGUAUAGUGUGUCGAGAAGCUUCAUAAUGCCACUUUGACUGGUUGUUCCAACCCUUCUGAACAACUUUCUAGUAAGUUUUUAUUUUUAUUGAUUUGUUUCAAAUUUCUUGAAAGAUAAAGUCAUAAUUACAGCUGUAGUUUAAUCCCUUGGCCUCUUAGAGGGACUUGAUCUAAUUUCUUCCUACAAUACCAACAUCAAAUCAAACAUGUCAUGAGAAUAAAGGAAAUGAUCACCAACUACAGAAUUUCUUUGUGGUGAAACUAAUUCUCCUUGUCAGCACCUUAGGAAAUGUAUAGAGAACAGUAUGGAGAAUAUGCAUACUGAUGUUAGGGUGUAAAUUGAGGGUUAACAAGGAGUUUUGCUUCUGUUUGGGUGAGUAGGAGAUGUAGAGGUCUCUGAACCCAUCUCAAAGGGUAUAACUCAAAUCUAAAGCAUUAUGAUAACCAUGGACAUUUGAUCAAAAACUGCUUAAUAAUCAAAAAACAUUUUGAAAUGGGCCAAUGGUUGGAACUCUUUUCUCUAAAAUUCAAAAGCCUUUUUACUCUGAGUAUUUCUGUUGGAAAUUAUUUUGACACCACCAAUUUGAGAGUUGAAUGCAUUAUCAUAUAUUCUACAUUUUUAUUGUUCACUCUUCUGUUUUGUUUCAGUCCUGAACUGUUUGCGUCUGUUGACACGGUUUGUGCCGUACAUUUUUGAGGAUCCAGAUUGGAGAGGGUUCUUCUGGUCCACUGUUCCAGGACAGGAAGUAUGCCUUUUUUUUUUCCUUGAUACUUUGAUUUUGUAAGUAACCCUUAAAGUCCCAGAGGUGAUUAACAUUAACUUCUCUAAAAAUCCAUAUAUUAUCCAGCAAACAGGUAAUGAGAAUAGUGAAACUUAUCAGGUAAAAGUUGUUAUCUUGAUCAAAUUCUAGUAACUAAUUUACAAGGAAAUAAUAUGUGGUGGCCAGAAAGGAGAGUUAACAAUCAGAUCUUGGGAGUGAAGGGGAGCAAAUAAGGUGUUUCAUCAUAUGACUGGCUCUGCUUGUGCAAUCCUUUAGAAAACCAUAGUGAAAGCUGACAUGUGUAGGGCGGACAGGUUGACAUGAGCUGGUCUGCAACAAGCCGUCCAGCCAUAAUGCAUUUGUUUGUAUGGCUUUGUUGCGAAAAAAGAGAAACAUUGUUCACUUUUGUUUCAGAAAAUGAGUGAUAGCAGUGCACAAAAAUGAGAAACUAAGACAUGUUUUUCAAUAAAUUGUGAGUUUCUUGUUCUGACUGGACAAAAUAAAGGAAAGUUUUUACUGUAAAAUUUUUUUUUUGGUUUUCCCGUACUUGCCAGUCUAUCAUGUCCUGUUUAAGUUAAAACAAACUUUUUGAACUUUUCAAAAGUCAGUCAUAUGAUAAAAUGCCUAUUGACUGAGUUAGUCAGGCCAGGUGGGAAAAUAUGUGGGUCUCAUUCAUGGCACAAAGACCUCACUGUGCCCUCUCUGUACAUUAUGUCUUCGAGUCAAAUAUUUUCCUGUCUUGCCCUCUCACUCAGUUUAGAAAUACAUAAUAUGCAGAAAAUUGUAACCAAGUUUAAAGUAAGGGGCUUUUGAUCCAACACCAAAAAAAGUGCUGUAUGAAUAUCCAAUAAUUAUUAUAAUAAAGUGUAUCCUGAUAUAUUUCUCACACCAGCAUCCACAAGAAUUAAGAGUCAUCAAAUGGAUGUUAUUUGAUUUUUGAUGACUCUAACAAAACAGUGCUGUCCUUUUUGUAAAUUAAAAUUUUGCAAUUUAAGCAAACCACAGUCCACUGCAAGGGUAAAGGGCCUCAAAAGAGGUUCAUAUUCAAAGAGUAACUCUUUGACCAUGCCCAUGAUUACUUACAAUCAUAGAUUAUUACUUCUGACUGUGAUUAUAUGAAAAUCAUGUAUGUGAACUGCAGAUAAAGAUGUGAAUAUGAAAGCGAUCUUCGCAAUAAUAAAUAUUACUUGAGUAGUAGUGAAAAUAAGGUCUCAAAAGAAUUCAGGCCUGUAUGGGAUUUGAACCCAUGACCUCUGUGAUACUGGUUACAGAGGUCAUGGGUUCAAAUCCCAUACAAGCCUUAUUUUCACUAAUGCUCAAGUAGUGUUCAUUAUUGCGAAGAUUGCUUUUACAUUCACAUUAUUACUUCUCAGUGAAAACUUCAUGAAAAUGAUUGUUAAACAAAUUUUUGUUUUGUUUCAGGAGGAAAGUUUUCAUGGGGGCGAAGAGGUACAAUUACAUUUGUGACCUUAAAAAAUUAAAUAGAAAACAAAAGUACCUUGAACCUCUUGACACCUGCAAUACAAGAGUGACUAUCAUCUAAUUUAUCUUAACAGUAUCACUCCUGUAUCAAACACAAAGGUCACAAGAAUAAAUGAAAUGAUUGUUAAACAAAUUCUCCUUACCUAGCAAAAUGUAUGGAGAGCAGUAUGGGGAAUAUGCAUAUUGAUGUUAGGGUGUAAUAGAUUUAGCUGUUUGAUAUGUAAAUGGGUUUUAAAUGGCUGUGAACAAGGUAACUCAGGUACCCAUCAUACCCAUCAUAUUGGAUUGGUAUGGUUGGGUAAUUAAGUAUUAUCAACUGAGUUGAUAAUUUUAAUUGGCCACCGUAAAAAGUUUAAAAGCUGACGUUUUGAGUGCUAGCCCUUUGUCCAGUCACUCUCACCAAGGGCUAAUGCUUGAAACGUCAACUUUUUAACUCUUUACAGUGCCCAUUAUACCUUAUCAACUCAGUUUAUAAUACUAAAUUACCCUGUUAUACUCUCCCACCGAUGCAGCACCACAGUUUUUGUAGAAAGUUACCCCCUUUAUUCAUUUGAUAUGGUUGGGAUUUGCCAAGUGAGCAAGUGAGCAAGUUGUUUUACACUGUAGUGGCAAAGUAGGGUUUUAGUCCUGUGAUUAAUUUGCAGUGCCUUCAAAUAGCUGUCAGAAAUACCUCUGAGAUUUAACUGUUUACACCCUCACAUUAGUAUACAUAUUCUUAAUACUGUUCUCUAUACAUUCCCUAAGGUGCUGACAAGGAGAAUUUGUUUAACAAUCCAUAGCCUCUUCAGUUGGUGAUUACUUCCUUAAUUCUUAUGACCUUCAGGGCUCGAACUUAACUUUUUUGUCUACUAGCAAAGUUUUGCUGGUAAGAUUUUUUUUACUAGCAAAAGAAGGAACCUAGUUUGCUAGAGGAUAUUUUUUAGACUCGCAACUUCGAAAAACCACUCGCAUUUCACGAGUUUGCGAGUGCUAAUUUCGAGCCCUGACCUUUAUGUUUGCUUCAGGGGUGAUAUUGUAAGGAGAAAUUAGAUGCUAGUUACUCUUAUGAGUCAAAGGAAUAACUUUCUUGAAUGAUUUUAAUCAAUGAAUCAAAUUUAGAAGGAGGAUUAUUUUAGAAUGAUGCUGGUUAAAUCAAUUAAAGACUCAUCAAUUUAUUCUACUUUACAGGCUGCAGAGGCAAGACCCCCACUUGCUCAAACACUUCUCAGUGCAGUUGCAGUAAGUGGUGUAACAGUGUUGUUUAUCCUUGAAAUUGUUCAUCUAAAGGUGAAAUGCUAAGAAUACUCACUAAGUAUUGAUCAUGCUUUUUUUUUAUUUUUUUAUUUAUAGGAUCUGUGUUUCUGUCCAGAGUUUACUGUUCAUCCUCCAAAAAAAACUGGUCCAGUAAGUUAAUCUACCUUGUCUUCCAACAUAAGAUAUAAGACAUGUUUGAAAAAUAAUUCACAGCGCUAGCACUGUGUAAAAUAGUAUAUUACAGUGUAAGUGCAUGUGCCAUCAUUGUACAUUGGUUCAGUCAAGAUCAUCAUUAAAUGUGCAAAAAUUGUCUGAUUUGAACUGAGUAGGCAGCUUAAUUGAAUUACGCUGGGGUAGAAAGCAUGUUUUGAUGUAAAGCAACAUGCCCUUCUGAGGGGGUUAGUGGGCAUGCUUCCUCAGAGAAGCUGAAAUUUGAAAUCCUCUGAAACUUUAUUUCUAGCAUUCUGGGACAUUUUUGAGUGGUAAAGUUCUUUUAGCCUGGCAUUUAUGUUAGACUCAGUUCAGAAAUACUUAUUUCCUGUCUUUGAUGGCAAUUUACUAAGUAAAUGGCGCAAAGUGGUCAGAUAGCCAGCAGGUUUCUGCUGCCUAGUGGUUUUUUUAGACAACCCUGUUCAGUUGCCUUUGAUCUUUUGAUUGAACUUUGGAUAGUUACAUGUGCAGGCAAAACAGCUGGAAAUGGUGAUUUAUGUAAGUGUAUUGUAAUGUAUGAUAAUAUGCCUAUAACCAGAAUGUGUUUUAAAAGUACAUUUUAAUCUCUUUCUUGAUUUAUUCUCCCUUUCAGGAUCAGCCUGAGGAUCUGUCUUCAAUUGAUAGCUGUGAAUAUAUAUGGUGAGACAUAUGUGCUAUAAUCUCCAUGAAUUGUUUAGAGCUUGUUAAGUACACAUGUAUACACAGAACAUGAAAUUUUUGAGCUUCUGUUAAGGAAUUCAUAUUCCUCUGGUAUCAGCAUACAUUGUCCAAAAGUGGAAAUUCUAUUUAAGAGCGCUGAAACUUUUUUAACUUCACUUAUUCUAAUCUUCUGUGACCAUAUGUGAAAUUCAUAUACCUGGGGACAUAAAUGGAUGAUAGUUAAAUGGGAAAUGUGGUAGUCACUUCCUCCAAAAUUAAAAUCUGAAAUGUGUGUCUAAAUGGUGUAUAUGUCUUCAGUUAUGCAAAACAUUGCACUCUUAUAUAGCCUGACAUGUAUUGAAUUGUCUUGUCAUGUCAUCGCCAUGCACAAACAGUGAGAGAAAUUUUUAAGUGCUUGAGCCAGUGAUACACCCAGUGAUUGUACAAGUCUACCUGUGGGCAGAGAAAAGUGUGUCCUGCAACACUAGUUUUAUGGUUUUUAAGUGGUAACCAGUCAAUUCGCCGACGGACCAACUCGCCGACGCCAACUCGCCAACGCAUAAAAUCGAGUAGAGACGUCGGCGAGUUGGUCGUCAAUCCAAUACAACUUAUUAGAAGUUAAACAUACAGAAAAGUAAACGAUAUUUAGUAAAAAAACACUGGUGAACAUUGGUGAACAUCUCACAGAAGCUUAAACAUUGGUGAACAUUGGUGAACAUCACCAAUGACUAUAACAGCUUAAGACGCGAACGAGUUAUUGUGCGACAACAACACCGUAAAGACUCAUCAUGUCAAUCGCUCAGAUUUUUUAACGAAAACUUGGCUUUCUAGACAAGAUCUUAGUAAAAAGCAUUUCUUUUUAUUUGCAACAAAGUUUAUAAGGAUCUCAAGGCGAAAAAAGGGAAGUAAACAUCGCCAAUGACUCAAACAGCUUCAAACGCGAACGAGUUAUUGUGUGACAACAACACUGUAAAGACUCAUCAUGACAAUCGGUCAGAUUUUUUAAGAAAACUUGGCUUUCUAGAUAAGAUCUUAAGUAAAAAGCAAUUCUUUUUAUUUGCAACAAAGUUUAUAAGGAUCUCAAGGCGAAUAAAGUAAAGUAAACAUCACAAUGACUCUAACAGCUUCAAACGCGAACAAGUUAUUGUGUGACAACAACACUGUAAAGACUCAUCAUGACAAUCGGUCAGAUUUUUUAAGAAAACUUGGCUUUCUAGAUAAAAUCUUUAGUAAAAAGCAAUUCUUUUUAUUUGCAACAAAGUUUAUAAGAAUCUCAAGGCGAGUAAAGUAAAGUAAACAUCGCCAAUGACUACAUCCGCUUCAGACGCGAACGAGUUAUUGUGUGACAACAACACCGUAAAGACUCAUCAUGUUAAUCGCUCAGAUUUUUUAACGAAAACUUGGCUUUCUAGACAAGAUCUUUAGUAAAAAGCAAUUCUUUUAAUUUGUAACAAAGUUUAUAAGGAUCUCCAGGCGAAUAAAGUAAAGUAACCAUCGCCAAUGACUACAUCCGCUUCAGACGCGAACGAGUUAUUGUGUGACAACAACACCGUAAAGACUCAUCAUGUUAAUCGCUCAGAUUUUUUAUGUUAACGUCGCUUUAUUCGCCUUGAGAUCCUUAUAAACUUUGUUGCAAAUAAAAAGAAAUGCUUUUUACUAAAGAUCUCGUCUAGAAAGCCAAGUUUUCGUUAAAAAAUCUGAGCGAUUGACAUGAUGAGUCUUUACGGUGUUGUUGUCGCACAAUAACUCGUUCGCGUCUUAAGCUGUUAUAGUCGUUGGUGAUGUUCACCAAUGUUUAAGCUUCUGUUAGAUGUUCACCAAUGUUCACCAGUGUAUUUUUACUAAAUAUCGUUUACUUUUCUGUAUGUUUAACUUCUAAUAAGUUGUAUUGGAUUGACGACCAACUCGCCGACGUCUCUACUCGAUUUUAUACGUCGGCGAGUUGGCGUCGGCGAGUUGGUCCGUCGGCGAGUUGACCGUAAUUCUUUUAAGUUACAGCCUUAUUUUAUAAUCUGGCCAAAUAAGUGAGUUUGCAUCACACAAUUUCCCAUAAAUAGCAAGGAAAAACCUAUUAAAUUGUUGGGGAUUCAAUUUUUACUUAAAACAAAUUGCUUCCUUGUGAUAGGCACCUGUUUACUGGCCAGAGUGUGGAGACUGAUUGAUUUUUAAAGAUUGUUGCUGUAGUUUUAGGCUAAUGGAUUGUACUUUAACACAGGGAAGCUGGUGUUGGAUUUGCAUCUUCCCCUCCCAGCAAUCCACAGUUUGAUUGCAGCAGAUCUGAACUUCUAAAAUUACUGCUGACUUGUUUUUCUGAAGCAAUGUACCUUCCUCCCACAGGUAAGCUCCCAGGGAAAGGUUAAUUUUUAUUAACCCUUAAAGUCCCAUGAUCUGAUUGUUAAUUCUCCCCUCUAGCUACUACACAGUUCCUUUUGAGAAGUUAUGAGAAUUUGGUGUUAGAUCAAGAUAACAAUUUCCAUCUGAUGAGUUUGAGUAGUCUGAAAAAUAGUAUUCUGUUUGCUGAAAAACAUUAAUCACUUCUCAGUGUUAGAGGGGUAAAAGUGUCAAAUUGUGCCCAGUACAAUAACGAGUAUUUUUUUUUAGUUAUAUCUGGCCCUGAUCAUUCAAGGGCUGAAUUACUUAAUGGUUAAACAUGAAUCCAGCGGGUAGCAAGCAACUUUUUUUUUCAUGUAAUUUAUAACCAUUGGAUAGGGCAACACACCUUAGAACAAACUUGGCAUAUAGUACUCAUCAUUCUGACAACAUGUGCAUUUUAUAAUUCAGAUAAGUCUGUUAAUGCAAGGGUAACUUGGAGGGAAUAUAAUUUAAAUUCCCCUUUCUCAAAAGAUCUUCAAUGAACAGGACUUAGAUUUGUACAACGUAUUUGUGGUGGCUGAGAGGUUGAUUGUAGUCAUUUUUUUACUAUUAUUCUAUGAAUAAUAAUAGUAAUUUUAAUUUUGUUUUGUAGCUGAAAAUCACUGUAGACCAAAUAAAUGGCUGUCAUUUUUCUCAUCAGCUGGGAAUAGGUAAUGGUGUUUGCAUUUGUUUAUUACUUUCCUCAGUGAUAAUAAAUACUUAUUGAAGAAGUGAGGUUACUAUGAAAUGAAUGCAAAACUGAAUGGGAUACAAUUUGAAGGUAAAUAAUUAAGAUGUUAUAAUCUUUUUCCUUGGCUUUGUUUUAUCAGACAUGCUCUUCCAAUAUUCACCUCUCUGUUAAAUCUUGUGUGCUCGUACGACCCCCUUGGAUACGGAGUGCCGUAAGUACAGAAAUAGAGUAGUUGUAAAAGUAAACUGUAACCAUGCACCCAGGGAUUGACAUCCUGAACAGGCGAGAACUUUAAAAUGUGAGGUUUAUUUGUUGCACAAAAUUUUUUUACUAUUACAUUAAUGUAUCAUGUAAAAAUUUAUGUUUCUGUGCUUGUGUAUGAUGUGGUAGCUUAGUGCUUAAAGCAGCAGUUCACAAGUUAUAUCAAUGAACGUUAUUCUCGAUAUGAUGAUUGUUUAUAUUCUCAUCACCUUUCUUCUUGAAAGUGUGUUGAAAUUGUUGGGAGAUUGUAUGAAAUGAUCACUUGUAAGGUUGAGCUCUCUCACAGGUGAUCAUUUCAUAGAGAAACUGUGACAAACUCUGGUGCAAUGGGCUACUUGGUUUUUGUGAAGACUUAACCAUGCAUAUUUGUUUAUGUGAGAAUGUGUGCUUGAAUUACUGGAUCCAAUGGAAUUCUUGGGAAAUUUAAACUGUUGGUGUUACUUUGUCUGUCCAAUUUUCUUUGAAAAUGAAAAGGGAUUUUGACUAGAAGAGUAUGGUAACAUUUUUCUUGUAUUUUCUAGAUAUAACCACCUUAUGUUUGCUGAUUACCGUGAACCUCUGGUGGAGGUUGCUGCUCAAUUGCUUGUUGUCCUUUUGGAUCAUGAUUCAAUGCAGCCCACCCCAACUACAAUGAAUGGAACUGAUACAGAACACUCUUUUGAGGUAAACUACAUAAUUAUAUUUUAAAACAGUUCCCAGCAUUUUUCUCUACAAUCUACAUGUGCAUCUAUAAAUUGUGGCCUGGAGGUUGUUUCAGCUUGAAUAAUUUAUUACAACUUUCAUAGGAUUUUACAAAUAGUAAUUAUAAAAUGGUAAACAAUAAAAUGAAAUAUGAAAUAGUAAAUAGAAAAUAAGUUAUAAAUUAGACGUUUGGAUGAUAAUGAGUCACAAAAUGAUCCUCACUAAGAGUUACAAUACAUUGCAUUUUGUUGCAUGUGUUAUCCACAGGUCAGAAUGAGACUUAUUUUAUUUUCACCCUUUGUGAAUAGAUUUUCCUUAACAAAGAUGCCAGUAUUAAGUUUUCUUCCCUCCCAACAGAUGGCUUGUAGUUCAGUUGGUAGUAGUGACCAACUAGUACCUGAGAGGAUCUGGUUGAGAUCCACUCCAAGAGUUAAUUUUUUAAGGAUUCUCUUUUUGUAACAUCGUAAGGUGCAGCUCAUACUUAAGGUUUAUCUUCAAUGUGAUACCGAAAAACUAUAGUCAAACAAGUCCAUGUUGAAGUGGAUUCAUAGAUUCUGUUCAUGUAAAUAUUUGUCCAAGUGAACAAAUUUUAUCUUAUUAUGUUUGCAUUAAUUUUUUUUGUUUGUUUUUUUUGUUUUUAGGAACCUCCAGUUGAUAACCUUUUCUGUAAUUAUUUGUCACGAAUACACAGAGAAGAGGUAAAAAUAUUCAUAUGGUAUUACUGCAGUUUAUUGGUGCAAUAACUUGCAAGUGAAAUGUUGGAUUUCAAAGUAUAAAUAUCUGUAAAGUAAUUUUACCCAGGUUCUGAACAGAAGCCAAUUUGUUUGAAGCCAUUUAACCUUUUCACUCCCAAGGUCUCAUUAGUAUUUCUCCUUACUGUCUACUUGACAAUUCUUAUGAUGUGAGUUUGGAGAAUUUGAUAUUGGAUCAACCAAUAAUCUCCUAAUUGAUAUUUUUCUUAAUUCUCAUCACUUUUUUGCUUGAUAUUGCACUGAUAUUAUAGGGAGAAACUCUGUCUUGGUCACUCAUGGGAGUUACAUGUAAGGGGUUAACCUGGUUAUAACCACUUUAAUUGGUGACACAUACAUUCAUAUACUUAUGUUGAAUUAUUUCAUUGCAGGACUUUUACUUUAUUCUCCAUGGUGUUGCAAAUCUACUCAAUAACCCUCUUAUUCAAGUAUGUAAUUCAAGAAAUAUAAGUAUAUUGAAUCAUUUCCUAAACACUUAAGAACCUAAGAUAUCCUGCGAAGUAGAAUGGCCAGAAUUUAAGGAUAAUAUACCUUUAUUUGCAAGGUUUUUUUUGUCACAGAUAAAGGGGACAUAGUGGUAAAUACUGUCUUUUCUGUUUUCAGACAUAUCUUCCAAAUUCUUGCAAGAAAGUUAGUUUCCAUCAAGAACUUUUAGUUCUAUUUUGGAAGAUGUGUGACCAAAACAAGGUAACCAGAGACUGAUUUUGUUUUUAUUGUCAUCAGUUUGUUGGCUACUUUUUAAAGUGAUCACAAGUUAACAGCUCCUUCUCUUAUAAACAAAAAUCUCCAACAGAAAUUUCUGUUCUACGUGCUGAAGAGCAGUGAUGUGCUGGAUAUCUUGGUCCCAAUUCUUUAUCACUUGAAUGAUGCAAGGUCUGACCAAUGUAAGUUGCCCAGCUCAGGGUUUGAUCUUUAAUACCAUAGAAAAAGUUUUUUUGCUUUUACAUGCAGGAAGCUAUUAGUAGUAAAUAUAUCAUUCUUCUUUUUCCUUUUUCUCCAGCUCGACUAGGUUUGAUGCAUAUAGGAGUGUUCAUAUUACUGCUUUUAAGUGGAGAAAGAAAUUUUGGUAGGUUCAGAGCAUGAACAAAUUAUUUAUUCAAUCAUUCAUUAUGAUACUUCCGUAACUUUGUGACAACAACAGAGUCAAUGAAAAUAAAUUUAAAAUUCACAAUAAAGCAGAAAAUUUUGCUAAUACCUAGGACAAGUGCUAACAUAACUGUCAUGAUUUCAAUUAUUUUGUGUCAUUAUCUCAUUGAUAGGAGUCCGUCUUAAUAAGCCAUACUCUGUUAGAGUGCCAAUGGACAUUCCUGUGUUUACAGGGACCCAUGCUGAUUUUCUUGUUAUUGUAAGUAUAUUUUGUGUCAACCAGAAAUCUUAGAUAUGUCUAUUUUUAUGUCAUGCCCACAUGAGAGUUAUUCGUCAGAGCCAGGAUGUUUGAAGCUGGGUUAAUCCUUUAACUCACAGAGUGACCAAGACAGAAUUUCUCCUUACAAUAUCAACACAAUAUGAAUCAGACAAGGGGUGAGAAUAAAGAAAAAUAUCAACUAAGGGACUCUAUGUUGAUCCAUUAGCAAAUUCUCCAAAGUAACAUCAUAAGUAUUAUACAGCUGACAAUAAGGAGAAUUUAUAAUGAAAUCAUGGGAGUGAUAGGAUUAAGAUAACCCAGGAUUAGUGUGACAUUUGAUUUCAGAUCUGGAAGCUUUAAAAAAGGUGACAACAUGCUCUAAAGAGAAUAGAGAAAAUUAUCUCAAACAAGCUCUUGAAAAAAGGAAUUAAAGAAACCUGGAUAAAUAUUUAACCUUAGGUUAGGACUAAUCAGUCGUUGAACUACUGGGCUCAGUUGUGUGGAUAUACAGCUUAUUAGAGUCUCCUUUUUUUUACAGGUGUUCUAUAAGAUCAUUACAAAUGGACAUCAAAGACUUCAACCACUGUUUGACUGUCUUUUGACAAUUAUUGUCAAUGGUAAGAGUACAGUGAUUACUGUUGUUAAUAACUGUGGUGUUAAGUCAUGGGACUCAUUGGGGUAAGGCAGAGAUACAAUAUGCUUCAAGUGAAAUGUUACAGAAUUCUUUUUAAGUCCAUAUCUUUGUAACAGAUUUUUUGGUGAAAACAAAGCCUAAAAAUUCAAAAUGGUUUAAUUAUUGCAUGUGAUCAGGGCAAGAAAAUGGGUCGAUUGCAAUUAUGCUUUAGCAACUUGUUCAGGAGCAAUGCACUUGGGGUUUGAUACAGAUAUCUAUCCAAGUAACUUAUUCCCUAGUGUCUUGAACUACAGUCAAUCAUUUUCUCACAUGUGUUUUUACACAAAAAAAAAAAAAAAAAAAAACACUGCAUUUACAUCAUACAUUUUGCAUGCCUGCUUGGGUGACCUAAAGGUUUGAUUUUGCCAACCACACGUUUUCAUGCAUUCAAAAUUAAUUUUAUUUCCAGGUCACAUUUAAGUCACCCAAGGGUAGUGUCAUUCUCAGCUGACCCUGUGUAUUCUUUUUUCUUUACAGUUUCCCCUAUUUGAAAUCCUUAUCAAUGGUGGCAGCCAAUAAAUUGCUUCAUCUUUUGGAGGUAAGAACAUGCUAAUUUUACUUUUCUUUGCAAAGGUUGUUUGGGCUUGGGAACUGAAGUUGAAUUUCCAAAGACACUUUGUUGUUUCUUUUUUGUGUUAUGUAAAUGAAAAUGCUACAGGUAAUUCCACUUUUUUUGUGUUCCUUCAUUAACAGAUUACCCUCUUUUUCAAACUUAUAGGCUGAAUAUUUUUUCCAUUUUGUUUUUUCAGGCAUUUUCCACUCCCUGGUUCCUGUUCUCCAAUGCCACCAAUCACCAUUUAGUGUUUUUCUUGCUGGAGAUCUUUAAUAACAUAAUUCAGUAUCAAUUUGAUGGUAAGACACUUUUUAUAAUAAGUUGAAUUAGGUGCAAAUUUUGAUUGAUUCUUAUGUAUGAGCUCUUGGAGGACAGACACAUUGAUGAUGUUUGUAGUUUGCAGUAGUGAUCUCUCUUUUCUCCCUCUCCGUUUCGGAGGAAUGCAGGUUAAUGACCUGAACAAUAGCUGGUUAUCAAGACAAACUUACAUUUUGUCACAAAUGUCUGAAGAAAUAGUGCCCUUUUUUCCAGGGAAAUGUGAUUUGAAAAGCUGGGAAUCUUUGCACAAACUUUGCUUGAGCCUUUACAGAAACUUUGCAAGAACAAAGAACAAAAUUUGCCCAUUUCACCUUCGUUAUUUUUGCACAAUACUUCCCCAUCAAUUUUGGUAGAAAUAUAUGAAAAAAGUCAUAACAAAAACAAACAAAUGAUUUCUACAUACUGAAUAUGUUUCCUGUAACUUUUUUUAACUGGGUUUCUUUUACUUUAGGAAACUCUCAUCUCGUGUAUGCAAUUAUAAGAAAGAGAAAUAUCUUCCACCAAGUAAGUUCCUUAUGAGUUAUGGCAUUGAAGUUGUUAUUCAUCUGUUUAAAUAAUUGUUUAGCUGUUCAGUGCUUUCAUACAGUAAAGUUUUUAGUUGCUCAUCGUAAACCUAUAGUGCACUAAUUGUUUACAGUGUGAACUAACCAAUAUCAAAUGUUGAAAAAAUGAGUGUUAGAACUUGAGAAAAUAGGAGACUAGUGUUGUUGUUGUUUUAUUGAUUUACAGCAUUAGGGUAGAAGUGACUAAUAUUAAGAGAGAGUCUGAGCAAAGGCAGUGAGUCCAUGCUGUUCGAGUUUAUCUUUUCACUUGCAAUUAUUUUUUGACCAUUUUCUCUCCUGAAGUUGGCAAAUCUUCCAACCGAUCCUGCUACUGUUCAGAAGCCAAGAAGGAGACUUACAUCCCAAGGUUCAGACAAGUAAGAUUUCUGUGCACAAUGUUUUCAUUUGUGGAACUGUUCGUGGCUAGAGUAGCCGCUAAUUCCCCCUACUGAUGUAUGAUACGUGAACAGCAGUAACCCUUUAACUCCCAUGAGUGACCUAAACAGAAUUUUUUCUGACAAUAUCAAUACAAUAUCAAGCAGACAAGUGAUGAGAAUAAAGAGAAAUGUCAAUUGGGAGAUCAGUAGUUGAUCCAAUACCAAAUUCUCCAUACUAGAAUCAUAGUAAUUGUGCAGUAGACAGUAAUGAAAUGUGGGAGUGAAAGGGUUAACCCAUUUUCUCAAUGAGUGCAUGAACAUUUAUGCGGCAGUUGGUCACGAAAAUGUUGAAUUUUCUAUCAGGGAUGCCCAGACCUCAGGCAGUGAGGGAGAAGAAAAGAAGCCUGGAACGAGUGCUUCAGCGGCCGAGGGUUUACCGGAGAUGUCCGCAGACAGUAAGCGAAUAAAUGUUGCAAUAAUUUUUGGAUCAAAAAAUAAAAUGAUUGUCAAAUGUAGAGAGCGACAACAUAUUAACAUGGAAAGAGAAGGAAUACAUAGAAGUAACGAUCCAAAGGAAGGAAUUAAAAUAAUGCUGGAAUGGAAAACAAAAAAUACAAAGUGUAAACAAGUAAGGUCCUUAAGCAAUCAAUAGUUAGCACCUGAUUUAUUUAUGUUUAAUUUUUGGUGUUGUAAAGCGGACAUGAUUAUUUAGCAGUGCCACAAACUGGACAUGCUAACAACAGCUCUUUCUUUUUCUCCUAGUGUCUGUGAAAGAAGUUCGCAAUCCUGCUAGUGAAUCAGAAACUAGUGAUGUAGAAGCACGGUCCCCUGGGGAAGCAACCCCACCCAGUACCCCUGGAACAUCCCGCACAGAGAGAAAAUCUAUUGGACGAUCUGUUUCUGUCACAAGCUCAGGGCCAUUUGUAGCAACGCCUGAAUGGGUGAGUGAAUCUUCCACUUUGAAGUUUUAUCAAAACAUGAACUCUCUCCAAUGGUGAUUGCAAAGUUCUUCAAAUGUCCGUUCUCAGAAUUUGAUCUUACAUCAUCCUCAAAAAGGCCCAUCGUGGCACGUACCCACAGUUGUUUAAGUCGUGAGUGCCCUUCUUUAGUCUUAAAAUCAAUUAUAUACUUUUAAAGAAAAUCGUGUGUGGAUUUAGUUCCGGUUUUCCUUCAUUCUGUAGGUCCAGUCUUGGAAACAGAAGCUUCCAUUGCAGACGAUAAUGAGAAUGCUUCAAGUUUUAGUUCCUCAAGUGGAAAAGAUUUGCAUAGACAAGUAAGUUAAUCAUCAAUGAUGAAUGAUCAUGAUGUUACUUUCAGUUUUGUAUUUUUUUUGUUGUUUUUUUCGGCUCUGUUUGAUGUAUUUUUGUUGUUUUGAUAGGGGUUUGACGGAUGAGUCUGAAAUAAUCAAGUUUCUUCAGCAUGGCACAUUGGUCGGUCUUCUACCUGUGCCACACCCAAUCUUAAUCAGAAAAUACCAGGUAUGUAAACUUCUGUAAUCACUGAUGAGUCACGCUUUCAGUUACAUUUGGUAUCUCGAAGAGUUUGUAAACAUUUAGUGUAUGCGCGUGGAAGUUUAACUCUUUGACCCUCAAGAGUGAUAAGCAACUAAUUUUUCCUUACAAUUUCUCCAUUAAAUCAAACAUUAAGGUCACGAGAAUAAAGGAAAUGAUCACAAACCAAAGAAGCUCUUGAUUGUUAAACACUGAAUUCUCCUUGUCACAACCAUAGGAAAUGUAUAGAGAACAGUGUGGAGAAUAUGCAUACUGAUGUUAGGGUGCUAAGGGUUAACAAGAGGAUGCGUAUUCAGCUACAGGGUUGUUGAAAAGUUACGGAAAUUUGGGAAUUUUUCGCUCGAAAGCUUUUUGGUUCGGAAGUAAGUUUUGUGUGAGAUCCUUUUAAGGUAGCUGGAUCUCACGAAAUCCCCCCUGCCAAACGGUGCUGUUAGUUCUUCAGAGAUAAUUGCUGUGGUGUUAUCCGUCAGGCAGAAUUUGAUGACACUCUUAAAUGUCUAUCAUUCCGUUACAGGCCAACAGUGGUACUCAGAUGUGGUUCCGAACUUAUAUGUGGGGAAUUAUUUACCUCAGGUAAACAAAAAAAAUAAGUAAUCAGCUCUCUAAGGAAAAUGUAGAGGUUUAAAACCAAGUGGCAAAGUUUAUCCUCGCGUUAAAGCUACAUUCACAUCUACAUUCGCGUUAAGUGGUGUACACUCGCGUUAAGUGGUGUACAUUCGCGUUAAGUGGUGUACACUCGCGUUAAGUGGUGUACACUCGCGUUCCGCACGCUGUAAACCCUGUAAGGGGGAAAGGAAAGCAGAAACCUAUUAACUACUUUUAUUUAAAAAUGAGUUUGGGCGGGAAAAUUGACGCGCGCUCGGCAACCUUUGGCGGGAAAAUCGAGGCGUGCGAGCCCUCAGUUUUUAAAAAAAAAUAAACAGUUAUGAAAUAUUAAAACGGAAAAAAGGUAAAAAAUGGAAAAAAAGUUUAGUUCAACAGCCAUGCCAUUCACCUCACUUGCAUUCUGUUUUUCAGGAACAUUGAUCCCCCAAUCUGGUAUGAUACGGAUGUCAAACUGUUUGAAAUCCAAAGAGUAUAAAAUUUUGGUCCAUCUGAGAGGAGUGCGGGGAAUGAAGAGUAAGAAUUCUCACAGUCGACGUAAAGCAAAAAGGAUCAGUUACAUUUAUAAUAAUGAUUCUGUUAUCUUUCAUCGAUAAAAGGGAGGAAUAUUUUAAGUCGGCGGCAGUCAAACCUAAGCUAAUUCUAGUUAUAAUAAUGGACAAUUUUGUUCGCGGUUGAAUUCCCAUUAGAUGCAAAUUUGGACUUACUGAGUCCAUAAUGAUAAUUGAGUACUUAAAUUUACUUUCUGAUAACGAGUCAGUAAUAUUUAUGAGGUCAUCUACCGUCUACCAAGGUUCUCUUGACCAAAGCAAGAGCUUAAUUUGCAGAUAUGCAGGUAUAAAUAUUCUUAGUCAGGUUUAAGAUGCUACUUUGGGUAACGGAGAAUACCCUAUCUGGGCGGAGCUGUUGGUCGUCGAAGUAGGUCUCUCGGAUUUGUGUGCAGUUUCGCUCUAGUAUCGGUCCCAGUUGUUCAAAGGGCUGAUACUAAAAUAAUGACCGCUAUCCAACAGAUGAAUCGCAGUCAGCGAGGGUCCAGUCGUAUAUAGGGCAGAUAAUGCUAUCCAACGGAUUAGUGAUGGCAAAACGUAUAGCGUUAUUCAGCAGAUAGAGAUUUAUCCAGUGGAUAGCGUUAUCCGACCUUCGAACAACUGGGGCCAGAUAUUGACAAAGUGUACUUCGCAUCCAUUGAAGAGAGAUUUAUCCAGUGGAAAUAAGGUCUGUGCAAUAGGACAGAUAAUUUUAGAAUUUUGUGUGUCCUCCUUUAGUUACAUUAGCAGUACUACGCACUAUAUAAUCAGUUCAUGACUUGAACUGUGUAGUCCACCCCACCCCCACCCCCUAGGUGGUCACGCCUUCAACAAUUGAUCCGUUUGCCUCUUUUGAAACCUUUUCGUUUCCAACAUUAUUCUCAUUGUUAGCCAUUUCUGUUUGUGGUGGUUCUGAUAAAAUUUUUUUCCUAUAUAUAUAUUUAGACUGUAUCUGCUCAAUGAAAAAUUUCAUUCACGUCCCUUGUCCCUGUUUAUCACAACAUUUAUUUUCGCAUUCAAGGGUCCAUAAGGUAUAUAUAAUAAUCUGUACAUAAUGGAUUUUAAAUAGUGGGUUUUCGUGUAAGGAAUCGCUAUCAUAG